UACCCCAGGCCUCUCCAUCAGUCUGAUGCAGCAGCAGAUCAGGAGAGACUCCAAGUAGCAAAAGGGCAAGGUAUUUAUAGGGAGUAAAGCAGUGUCUUGGGGUCUACAGACUACACAGGAACAGACGCAGGAUUGGUUUAUGCAAGUAGCAAUCAUCCUCUAGACACUGACGUUCAAAAAUGAAGACUACAAUUUGCUCCCUUAUCAUCAUCAUCUCCAUUCUUCACCUGAUGAUCCCAGUGAAUACUGAGGAGACUUUAGAUUCUCUCCUGGAGAAAAAGAUCAAGAAACUUCUCAACUGUGGAGGUGAGUGUACCUCCACUGUGACUAGGACUCUCUCCUGCACUAGUGUGAACGCUAGAGGCAGACUAGCCUCCUGUCCUGCUGGGAUGGCUGUCACUGGCUGUGCUUGUGGCUAUGGCUGUGGAUCAUGGGAUAUCCGGAAUGGAAAUACUUGCCACUGUCAGUGUUCAGUCCUAGACUGGACUACCGCUCGCUGCUGCCAACUGGCCUGAGAAGGAAGAGGCUGAGAACCCAGUUUUGAAAUGACAACUAUAACAAAACCUCAGUCUCAACUUGGACACCUGGCUCAUGUCCCCUUAAUGAAUUCAUAUUACCCAGUAAUCCUGCUUCUUGAAAAAUAAAGACAAAUUUUCACCUGCC